AUGUCGUGGUUGAAAAAGCACAAUCCCCAAAUAUCAUGGGAAAAACAUACGCUUGUUUUCAACUUGUUAUAUUGUUCCAAUAAUUGUCUACCUGUACCUGCUGUCUUAGAACUCAAGACAGUAGAAGAAAUACCACUACCUUAUCAAGAAUUUUCCAAGGUCUUCUCUGAGGAAGAAUCAUCAAAAUUGCCACCCCACCGUCCUUACGAUAUUGCUAUUGAGUUACUCCCUGACGCAAAACCUUGGCAUGGUCCGAUAUAUAGUCUAGGCCCCAGGGAAGAUGCGGAACUGAAAGAAACCAUUGAUAAACAACUCAAAGCCGGUCUAAUCCGCCCGUCUAAAUCCCCUAUGGCGUCUCCCAUAUUAUUCGUCAAAAAGAAAAACGGGAAACUACGCAUGUGUGUAGAUUAUUGGCGUCUGAACAGUAUGACCAAGAAAAACGUCUAUCCCCUGCCCUUGCCACAGAAUCUCAUCGAGAAAUUACAGGGUGCUAAAAUCUUUAGCAAAUUUGAUCUCAAGGCAGGAUAUAAUUUAGUCCGGAUCAAAGAAGGCGAUGAAUGGAAAACAGCCUUCAAAACAAAAUACGGACUAUUUGAAUACUUGGUUAUGCCUUUUGGAUUAACAAAUGCGCCGGCGGCUUUUCAGGACAUGAUGAACGAAAUAUUCCAGGAUCUUUUAGAUGUUUAUGUCAUCAUUUACUUAGACGACAUUCUAGUUUUCUCUCUAAAUGAAAAGGAUCAUGAAGCCCAUGUACAAGAAGUGCUCAAAAGACUACAGGACAACGACCUCUUCUGUAAUAUUGAGAAAUGCCAUUUCCACGUCAAGAAAAUCAAUUACUUAGGGUUUAUUAUAUCCAAAUUUGGCAUAGAAGUGGAUCAGUCUAAAGUUACAGACGCUAUGAAUUGGUCAACACCUAAGAAUGUCAAGAAUAUUCAAGAAUUCUUAGGAUUUGUAAAUUUUUACAGACAAUUUAUUCCCAACUUUGGUAAUAUGGCACGACCUCUGUACAACCUGCUCAAAAAAGAUAGUACUUGGAAAUGGGAACAGGCGGAACAACAAUCCUUUGAUGAUCUAAAAAAAUGUCUUACGUCAGCACCUUUGCUUUUACAGCCCAACACUACAAAACAAUUCUAUGUGGAAUGCGAUGCAUCCGACUACGCAACAGGAGCCAUAUUAUCUCAGCGCAAUCCUGAAGGGAAACUGGCCCCUGUAGCAUAUCUAUCAAAAUCUCUGUCACCUGCCAAAAAGAACUACGAUAUUUUCGACAAAGAAUUGCUAGCAGUCAUUAGGGCAUUUAAAGAAUGGCGCCAUUUGUUGGAAGGAUCAGAAUUACCAGUUCAAGUUCUAACGGAUCACAAGAACUUGGAAUACUUUUCCACGUCUCAAUCCCUGAAUAAACGGCAAAUCAGAUGGGCAAACUUCUUAGUUGACUAUAAUUUCCAAAUCAUCUACAGACCUGGGGCACAGAAUAAAAAGGCGGACAUCCUCUCACAACGCUAUGAUCUAGUACCCCUUGAAGGGGGGGUAGAGAACCAGGUUCUCCUGAAGCCGGAACUUUUUAUUUCAUCCAUCACUCCGGAUCAGGAAAUUAAUGAUCUAAUCGGCAAAGCAAUUUAUGAGGACAAACGUCUUAAAGAGAUCUUGCACAAGCUUCAGAACAAGGAAAAAGUCACAGAUUGGGAAUUGAAGGAGGGGUUACUAUGGCAUCAAAGGAAAAUCUUUGUACCAAAGGAUGACACCAUCAGGAACCUCAUUGUGGAAUCUAGGCAUGACGCAUUGGCUGCAGGACAUCCAGGACAAGCUAGGACAUUAGAACUUGUCUCACAAAAUUACUAUUGGCCAUCCCUAAAAAAUUUGUCAACUCUUACGUCAGCCAUUGUGAAACCUGCAUUUGAUCCAAAUCCACAAAUCAAGUACCUGUAG